AUUUUGGGCAUUUCUUCAACUUCACCAACGGGUUUCCGUUGAGGAAAAGAAAGAAAAAAAAAUUUUUUUUUUUCUCAGGAAAGCACAGAAAGAACGAAACAGGAAGCAAAAAUGAAACCAAAAUCUCUCCGUUUCACCGCUACAUUUCAUUUUCUUUUUUAAUUUUCAAUUCAUUGUUCUUUCUCCCCUAAGGUUUGUUCAAUUUCAAUGUGCCUGUAUUUUUUAUUUUUAAGUUUUUUGGUGUUGAUUUGAUUUGAAUUCGAGAGGAAGGCUUUUGUUCGAAUGUGUUUAUGUUUGGGUGGGAUUUUGGAGAUAGAUUGAGGCGGAAGGUGGUGCAGAGGCUGUUCGUUGUUGAUCGGUGAUCGUUUGGGAUGUGAUAUUGGGAUCAGAGUAUGGCUACCAAAAAGGAAGAACCGUCUCUGGUACAACAGGGAGAGGCUGCAGAUCCUCAUUCUCCUCCGCCACCUGGUCCCGAACCUGCUCCGCCUGAUCAACAGCGUUCUCGCGGUGGCAACAAGGUUUUCAAGAGCGGGCCACUUUUCAUUUCAUCCAAAGGAAUUGGAUGGACAUCAUGGAAGAAAAGAUGGUUUAUUUUAACACAAACAUCGCUUGUUUUCUUUAGAAGCGACCCUAUUGGGGUUAUGGGAACACUUGAAAGUAGCUAUUGGGAACACUUGAAAUGCCAGCUGUUCAAGACACCUUCUCAGCCUUCACUCUCACCUCUCAUUGCCUCUGCAUGUAGUGCUGCUCCUCAAAAGGCAGGUGAAGUGAAUUUGACUCUUGGUGGCAUUGACCUCAACAAUUCAGGCAGCGUUGUUGUCAAAGCCGACAAAAAACUCUUGACAGUACUACUAGGGGAAGGUCGUGAUGGGCGGGCCUUCACACUCAAGGCAGAAACUUCAGAGGAUUUGUAUGAGUGGAAGACAGCACUUGAGACUGCUUUGGCGCAAGCACCAAAUCCUGCUCAUGUGACGGGACAAAACGGCAUCUUCAGGAAUGAUCAAGUGGAUGCAUUUGAUGGUUCUAAGGAACUGUCAAAGGAUAAACCAGCUACAAGAUUUACAGUCAGAGGGACACCAAUUUUACUUGCUCUCCAAGAUGUUGAUGGAGGUCCAACCUUUUUGGAAAAGGCUCUCCGGUUUGUUGAAGACUACGGAAUCAAGGUAGAGGGAAUCUUGAGACAAGCUGCAGAUGUUGAUGAUGUGGAACAACGGAUUCGGGAGUAUGAGCAAGGAAAAACCGAAUUUUCCCCAGAGGAGGAUGCCCAUGUCAUUGCUGAUUGUGUCAAGUAUGUCCUCCGAGAGCUGCCAUCAUCUCCAGUCCCAGCAUCAUGUUGCAAAGCACUCCUAGAAGCAUGUCGAACAGAUCGUGCUAAUAGAGUCAAUGCUAUGAGAGGAGCAAUAUGUGAAACAUUCCCUGAACCAAAUCGUCGCUUAUUACAAAGAAUCCUAAUGAUGAUGCAAACUGUGGCUUCUCACAUGGAUGAGAAUCGAAUGAGCCCUUCAGCUGUGGCAGCUUGCAUGGCACCCUUACUCCUUCGACCUCUUCUGCAUGGCGACUGUGAGAUUGAGAAUGAUUUUGAUGUGGGGGGUGAUGGUUCUAUGCAACUGCUGCAAGCAGCUGCUGCAGCUAAUCAUGCUCAAGCUAUUGUCAUAACUUUACUGGAAGAGUAUAAGACUAUAUUCGGGGAAGGUUCUAUGUCUCCUGAUUUAUACUCAGACUCAGAUGAAAGUGGUAGUGAGGGUGAGGAAGCCACUGAUGAUGAAUCCUAUGUAGAUGAUGAAGAUGAUGAGUCCUACAUAGAUGAUGAGGAUUAUGAAAAUGAUGAUGCAUCAGAGGGUUCUGAAGAAUAUACUGAUGAUGAUAUUGAAAAUGCAUCAAGCAGAACAGGCAGUGAGACAGAGAAUGAUGUGAAUGAUGAAAAGGAAUCUGGUGAUUCUAGCCGGGAUUUGGAGUCCCCUACUGAUGAUGACCUGAAGGCCAGCCAGAAAUUGCCAUCAAAUUCAAUCCAAGUUUCACUUCCUGUGGACGAUCAUACUCAAAGGAGUGAGAACAGGAACCAAAGCAACAGUGUUUCAAGAAAGCAGACUGAUGAGUCAGCUGGACGAUCAAAAGAUGCAGAAACUGCUUUCAUGGAUAAGCCAACUACUCAUGUUGCAACUUCAUGCACACAAAAAAUGACAACUGCUGCAAAUGGACCUACGCAGAGCCAUAGCAGAAAACGUCCCACCUCUUGGGGUCGUACCUCUGCAAAGAAGAACCUCUCCAUGGAAUCUAUUGAUUUUGAUGUUGAAGAAGACGAGUACGAAAUUAAGAGGCUCGAGGACACAAAAGCUGACUUGCAGAACAGAAUUGCAGAAGAGGUCAAAGGUAAUGAAAGUCUCCAAGCCCGCUUGGAAGAACGAAAGAGGACCUUGCGUGAUCGUCGUCUAGCUCUUGAGAAAGAUGUGGCAAGACUACAUGAACAGUUGCAUAAGGAGAGAGAUAAGAGAAAAGCUCUCAGAGCAGGACUUGACUCAUCUCAGCGACCCUUAUCUAUCCCAUCAGCCAUUGAUGAAAAGACAAGGACAGAGCUCAAGGAAAUUGUUAAUGCUGAGGCAGAUGUAAACAAUUUGAACCAGAAGGUUGAAGAUCUUUCACUGCUUCUUAAUCAACGUGAACAAACUUUCAUUUCCAUGCAUGAUUCAAGCGAUCAGCCCCAACAAAUUUCAAAUCAACCGAAAGGGAAGAUUAAGCAGAAGGAAACUGAAGCUGCAGGUUCAUCUCUUUUUGGGAGAUCAAAAAGCAAGGUCCAACAACUAUUGACCAUUCCCUCUCUCUUUGGCCUAUCCAACCUGUUUCUCUAAAUUUUUGAAUUGGCAUUUGGUAUCAUGGGAAUAGCAUUAUUUGCCUCUUUUAAUUUCCCUUGGUUCUACCAAAAAAAAAAAUUUCCCUUGGACACAGUUUGGGACUUGGAUCCUGAUGAAUGGCAAACCAUGAAUGAGUGGCCGCUCUGUCGCAUACAAACCUGUUGUUAGAUCCUGAAUAACAAUUUAUUAAUGAA